GUCGACAUUUACAACAUGAUACACAAUCGAUAAUUUAUUUGCCAACUGACAAAGACUAUACAAAAGUAUAUGAUAAUUUUAUCGAAUGUCUUAAUAUUUUUCCUGAAAAACCAUUCGAUAAAAUUAGUUGUAAAA